CCAUUUUUAGGGGAUUGAAAACGCGAAGGAGAAGAGGGCAUAUUCUGAUUUCUAGAGUUAUUUUUAGCAAAAAAUUAGAAUGAAGAGCAAUUCGACGAUUCGCCUCUACGAAUCCAUCUCUUCCUAAAGAUGUGAUGAAUAUUCAAGUUUUCGGAUUAGGAUUCUGAGAUGAGAAGACGACAGAAAGCGUGAAUGUCGGCAAAAUCCGCAAUUUUCUCUGUCUUGUGGAGGCUCAGUCACGACAAACCCAGUCAAAGAAACACCACUCAUGUCCCUCCAGACAAAUUCCAGCCCCCGUAUCUCGAAACCCUCGAUCUGACCCCCUUUCCCCUCCCUGUGCUCGAAACCCGAAAACCCUACCAAACUCCUGUGGAAACUCUCAGAUGGGUUGCUUCAGCAACAAACACCGGGGAGCUCAAGCGGGCGUCAGUGGCGGACGGAGUUCAGUUCCGACCAAUCCCACACAAACCCAUGUCGUCCAUCACGUCCCCGAGCCUCGGAAACAAUCAGACCCGCAGAAUCAUCAGCCGCAGACGAACUCUCAACCGAAACCCGCGAAUCAGCCGAUUCCUCAGCAGGUUUCGACACCACUGAAGCCCGUCGCUGUCCGAGAACCAGAUACCAUACUCGGGAAAUCCUUCGAAGACAUCAAGAAGUUCUACACACUCGGGAAAGAACUGGGUCGCGGCCAAUUCGGUAUAACGUACAGAUGUACGGAGAUUUCCACAGGUAACACUUACGCCUGCAAAUCCAUCCUCAAGCGGAAGCUAACGAGUAGACAAGACAAAGAGGAUGUGAAAAGGGAGAUUCAGAUAAUGCAGUACUUGUCAGGACAGGCCAAUAUCGUAGAGAUUAAGGGUGCUUAUGAGGAUCAGCAGUCCGUACAUCUAGUGAUGGAACUGUGUGCUGGGGGAGAGUUAUUUGAUAGGAUCAUAGCUCAGGGGCAUUACUCAGAGAGAGCAGCGGCAGGAAUCAUUAGGUCAAUCGUGAAUGUUGUACAGAUUUGCCAUUUCAUGGGUGUGAUGCAUAGAGAUCUAAAGCCGGAGAACUUCUUGCUCGCCAGCAAAGACGAAAACGCUAUGCUCAAAGCAACAGAUUUCGGGUUGUCUGUAUACAUCGAGGAAGGGAGAGUUUACCGAGAUAUAGUUGGCAGUGCCUACUAUGUUGCCCCUGAAGUAUUGCGGAGAAGUUACGGCAAGGAAAUUGACAUUUGGAGUGCAGGGGUUAUUCUGUACAUUCUCCUUAGCGGUGUUCCUCCUUUCUGGGCCGAAACCGAGAAAGGAAUAUUCGAUGAGAUUAUAAAGGGCGAAAUUGACUUUGAUAGCCAACCAUGGCCAUCUAUCUCCGAGAGUGCAAAAGACCUUGUCAGGAAGAUGCUCACCAAGGACCCGAAGAAACGAAUCACCGCUUCACAGGUUCUUGAACAUCCAUGGAUUAAAGGCGGAGAAGCACCGGACAAGCCUAUUGAUAGCGCCGUCUUGUCCCGUAUGAAGCAAUUCAGAGCAAUGAACAAGCUUAAAAAACUAGCGCUGAAGGUCAUAGCAGAGAACAUGUCAGAAGAGGAGAUUAAAGGUCUUAAGACUAUGUUUGCAAACAUGGAUACUGACAAAAGUGGCACGAUCACAUAUGAAGAACUCAAAACCGGGUUGGCAAGACUCGGGUCUAGACUCUCGGAAACUGAAGUUAAGCAACUCAUGGAAGCCGCUGAUGUGGAUGGUAAUGGAACGAUUGAUUACAUCGAGUUUAUCUCAGCAACGAUGCAUAGGUAUCGGUUGGAGCGAGAUGAGCACUUGUACAAAGCGUUUAAACACUUUGACAAGGACAGUAGCGGAUAUAUCACGAGGGAUGAGUUGGAAACGGCCAUGAAAGAGUACGGAAUGGGCGAUGAAGAUAGCAUCAGAGAAGUGAUAGCAGAAGUCGAUACCGACAAUGAUGGAAGAAUAAACUAUCAAGAGUUCUGCGCGAUGAUGAGAAGCGGCACCACUCAGCCACAGGGGAAACUCUUUCCGAUCAAUUGAUUAAACCAUAGAGAACCGAACAUCACCGUACCAGUCAAUGAUCCAUCUCCUAAGCUCGAGAAGAAACAAAACUUGGAAAAACCAUAAUCACCGGGCAAUGAUCUGGACAGGAAGUAGUGAAGUACUUGAUCUGGGUUUGGUUUUCACCGAUUCAUCUUUCUAUUUGUCUGAAAGUGUUUAUCUUGCUCGUUCAUAUAAACAGAAGAAACAGAGUUGAGGCCCGCAUUGUUGUGUUGUGUUUGUUGCCUAGAGCUGUCGUUAAUGUCUUUUAGAAACUGAACAUUUCAAAGUCUCAUCGAUUUAUUUGAUUAAGGUUA